AUGAUGUGGAGGGAGUUUUCACACACGAAGAAGAAGAACGAUAGUAUGGACUUUGAUGACAAUUUUAUUUUUAGCAAUGAAUGGAAUGGACUAGGAGCAUCAUAUAAAAGAAAAGAGGAAGAGGAUGUUCUAAAUGAAAAGAUAGAAAAUUCAAAUAAGAUAAACAAUUUAGAGUUUUUCUUUGAUAAUUUUGAAAAUAGUAAUAAAGAGUAUUUGUCUCAUACCAAUAAUCAGUAUGGUUAUAGUAGUGAAAGAAAAGAAGUUAAUGGCGAUAAUAAUAUCAUGAAUGAACUUAAUGAUUCGUUAUGGUUAGAAUCAAAUAAUAGCAACAGUAUGAAUGAAAACAGAGAGGAGGAAAUUACAAAAAAUGCGUUCACAAAUGAAUAUGAAAAUUUUAAUGAUAUAUUUGAAGAUAUUUAUGAUGGCAAUAAGCAAAUGGAUGCAAAUUCUGGUGGAACCAAAGCAGACAUCAGUGCGAGUUUUGAUCUGUGGGGAAGCAACGACAGGUAUGAGCAGGAGCAAGUGAAGCAGCAGGAUGGGCAUCAUGGGAAGUAUGAAGUAGCUAGUACUAAUCCAGUUCAAGAAAAAAGAACAAAUAUUUAUAAUUACAAGCGUUAUGUAGAUGGGGAAGAGAAUGAAAGAGAUAAAGAGGGGGAGGGGAUGGACGAUAAGGAGGAUGAAAAAAAGAGAAAGAAAAACAUUGAUCAGUUAGACUUGUUUGUGUACAAUGGAACAAACAAAAGCAGAAAUAGCAAUAGUCAACAACUACUAAAGAAGGGGAAAGACUGCGUUCCGAAUGAAUGCGAUAAGAAGAGGGAACUACAGAGGUGUAUAGAGGUAAAUCCACAUGAUGAGGAUUACAGUUCUCCCGUUAAUUCUUGCCCUGAUGCACAAACGCACGUUGUAAGUAGCUCAGAUAUUUUGAACGAAGAAGGCCGAUUUAAUGCGACAAACCGCCUGAAUGAGGAAAUACAAAUGAAUGGGGCGGGUCGCUUAAAAAUACCCACUGCCCCACCUAGUAAAAGUAAUCAUGUUAACACAAAUGAAGACAACGAUACAUGCAAAAUCAAUUCGACGGAAAAAAAAAAUAAUAAGGUAAUUAUUGCUUUAGAUAGUCAUAAGGAAAAUUUGCAAGAAUAUAUUUGUAAGAACAAAAAGAAAAGUUUUUCUAUUAAUAAUAGUGGAAGUGAAAAGGUAGAUUGUAAUGAUAGGGUUGCAACUAGUGAAGAAGCAUUAAACGGAAAUAGCAGCAUCAUGCAUGCUCAUAAGUACAGCAGUGAACAAGUGAGUAGUCAAAUAGAUAUUGGUCUAAAGAAGAAGAAAAUAUUAACUCCUAGUGAUGUGAAAAGUAGAUGUAAUAAUGCUGAUAGCAACAAUAUAUGUGGUAAUGAUAAUAACAAUGGUACUGUCAAUGGGAGGACUCCACUCCCACAGCAUGUGAACAAGAAAAUAAAACAAGGCAUUUGCAUUAACAAGGACAGUAGUAGAAGAAGUAUGAGCAUUAGCGGCAUUAACAACAACAGAAGCAGCAAUGUAAGCAGCAAUGUAAGCAGCAAUGUAAGCAGAAACGUAAGCAGAAAUGUAAGCAGCAAUGUAAGCAGCAAUGUAAGCAGCAAUGUAAGCAGCAAUGCAAGCAGAAACGUAAGCAGCAAUGGCAUCAACAAAAGUGGCUGUAAGAGCAGUGCAGUCGAAAGUUCAGUAAUGACUGUAAACAGCUUUUUAUCUGAUGAUAACAAGGGAAUAAAACAAAGAAUAGAUUUAAAAAAAAAAAAAGGUAGUAGUUCUUGUAAUAUGAUAUUAACCCAAUCGCUUAUAUCCGCAUCUGACAACUCGAACGAUAUAGAUAAUUCGAAAAAAACUUCAAGUAAAAAUAAUCUUUUCAAACGAAAUAACAACUUGAAUGAAACUUUAAUUAAUUCUAAUCUAGAAGAGAAAACAACAACAAAAAUGGUAAAAAAAAAAGAAAAGAACUGCAUACCAUCGUCCUCAUUAGAAGAAGAGGAUGAAGAUGAUGAGGAUCCUAUUUUUGACACCAUUGCAAUUAAUGAUGAAAAAAAAUUUUUCAGUGAAAUUAAGGAAUACUUAAACAACAGAAGUGCAAAGGAAAUGGGUUCUAAACGGCUCAGUGACUCUCUUCGUCCAUUACAUAACAACUUGAGGAAGCAUGAUUACAUGGAAGGGGAAGAAAGGGGAAGCGAGCAGGAAAAGGGAAGAAGAGAUAAAGUAAAGGUAAGGGAAAAAGGAAAAGAUAAAGAAAAAGAUAUAGAAAAAGAUAAAGAUAUAGAAAAAGAUAAAGAUAUAGAAAAAGAUAAAUAUACAGAAAAAGAUAAAUAUACAGAAAAAGAUAAAUAUACAGAAAAAGAUAAAUAUACAGAAAAAGAUAAAUAUACAGAAAAAACAGAAAAAGAUAAAUAUACAGAAAAAGAUAAAUAUACAGAAAAAGAUAAAUAUACAGAAAAAGAUAAAUAUACAGAAAAAGAUAAAGACAAAGUAAAGGUAAGGGAAAAGGGGAAUGAUAAAGAUAAAGGAAAACCCACCUUAUAUAAGCAGUCCUUAAAUAAGCAGUUGAACAGUCCUUCGUCAAAAGAUGAGUUACAAACGUCAAAGGACAAAAGGAUGAACAUAAAAGUAAAAAAAUUGCUUGUAACUCCCAGCAGUCCAAAUGAUAUUGCUAGCUUAGGAAAGCAAAAAGAUAGUGAAGGGAGGGUGCUUAAACCUUCAGUCCUAGUUGAUUGUAGCGUGUGCAGUAGCAAUGGAAGUGCAAAAUAUAGCCAAAAUAGUGGAGAGAAUGACGGCACUCUAGCAAAAGGUGCAACCCGCUAUGUGAAUGCCCAAUUGGGUGCUACUCAGGUUGUAGAAGCAAAGAUGGAAAACCAUAACAGCAAUGGUAUAUUGUGUGCAAACGAGAGCAAAAAAAAUCCCCUGAUAAAGGAAAGGACUAGCAAGGAUACAACAAUAAAUGUUGAAUAUGGGGAAAAUGGUAAAAUAAAUUCUCGUAGUUAUUCAAAUAAGUCUGUUAAAGGAUGGAAUGAACUUAUCAUCAACCGAGACUAUCCACAGCAGAAUGGUGUACAUUACAGUAGUGAUGUGAAUUCAAAUGGAUCAACCAUAAUUGAAAAAAAAAAAAAAAAAUUAAUCGACAAGGAGAUGCAGCUGAAGAGGAGUUAUGUUAGUUCCUCCAAAGAAAAUCCCUUGGGGGAAAGAAUCGAGGGAAAAAGAGAAAAAAAAAUUGAGGCGAAAAUUGGAGUGAAAAAUAAGGAAAAAAAUGAAGAAAAAAAUGAGGGAAGAAAUAUUAACGAACAAAUACUAGUGGAAGAAACGGUAGGAGGAGAGAAAAAUGAAGCUCCAAAAAAUCCAUGCGAUCGUGCGAGCGGCCUAUUGCAAGGAGGGAAUGUCGAAAAAUGGCACAGAUCCCUUCAAAGAGAAGAGGAGAAAGAAAAGAGAGAAAAUAAUGUGGAGAAUAAAGGAGAGAAAGGGGAGAGGGGAGAAAAAAAAGGAUUCAUAACCCUUAGAAUGGAUAAACAGAAAGAAAAGGAUGAAAGUGUAAUUAGCAGUGAAGAGCUUGACUGGAAUGAGGAUAUGAUAAAUGAAGAUAAUUUAGUAGAAGAGCGUAUGGAUGACGUUUUAAGAAGUAUUAAUUCCAUAGAUUCAGAUGAAAAUACAUCAAAAAAUAAAUCGUUUGUUCAACAGAAGAGUAGAAAAUUUAAAGAAAUAUUUAUUUCUCUUAUCAAAAGAGAUGAUACUAAAAAAAGCGAGGAUAAUACUGAAAGGAACAGCAAUGGGGUAAAUAAGAAGUUGUCAAAGAAGGAAGAAAUUACAAUUAAAGGUAGUGACUUUAAGGUAAAUGAAAGGAACGAAAAGAAUGAAAACGAACGUUUUUUAUUAAAUUUUUACGGAUUUAAAAAGAGGUUCAUUGAGCAAGAUAAUGAGAAGGGAGGAAGUGCAGUAGGAGCUGGAGGAAGUGCCGUUGAUGUUGGUACUAUUAGUAGUAGACGAAAUUAUUUUUUCGGCAGAAAAAAACAAAAUGAUGAAACAAAUAAUGUAAUAAAUGCAACUGUAAAUAAGGAUGAGGGUAAUAGUAUGAUAUUAAAAUUUAAUACAAUAAUUAACAAUGCAUCGGAUGAGAAGAGAAGUGGUAUAUUCAAAAAUGGAAAAGAAAAUAUGAUAAUGAGUAAUGAUACAACUACUGACACAGUUGCAGGUAGUAAGAAAAAACUAAAUACAUUAUAUAAUAAUUUUUUAGAGAGUCUAAAACAUCCAUCAUGUAAAGAUGUAGUUGAGAAGGUUAAGAGUUUUAUUUUAAAUUUCCCUCCAAAUUUAAGUAGACAAAAAGCAGCCAAUAAAAUCCAUAAUUUUAUAAAUUUAACACAACCAGUUUUAUUAAGAUCAGACGUGUAUAAAAACUUAAAUAAGUAUCAAAUAAAUAUGAUAAUAGAAGGAUAUGAAAAAUUUAUUAUGCAAAAAUUAUAUUUUUAUUUGUAUAGAAUAGAUCCAAAUGAUAAAGAUGAGGAUGAAAAAAUAUACACAAAAAUAAAUUGUUUGCAAUGGAUUGAAUUAAAGCAUUUAGAAAUUAUAGAAGAAAUUAACUUUGAUCAUUUAAAGAUGGCACAAGCGGAGCUUGUGAGAAUGCAAAAAAUGAAAGCACCCAGUGAUAAACUAAUUAUAGUAUUAAAUUGCUGCCGAAUUGUUACAUCCGUUCUUUAUGCAGCAAAGAGAAGUGCAAAGGAAGAUAAAAAGAAAAAAGAAAAAAAAGAAAAGAAAAGAAAAAAGAAAAAAGAAAAAGAAAAAGAAAAAGGAAAAAAAAAAAAAAAAAUUCUGUACAAAGUUGGAGAACAACUUGUUAAUAAGGAGAACAAUAUGGGAGAUAAAGUAGCAGGAAAAGCAAAUAACAAUGAUAAAAAGCAGCAGGAGGAGGAAGAGGAUAUACCACACGAAAGUGUUACAAAUAAACAUAUUAAAGGUAUAGCGAAAAAUGGCCAAGUAGUUCAUACUCAGAAGGGAAAUCUGCAUGAGGAGGAGGAGUAUGCAAAAGGAAGGAAAAGUAUAAAGAGUUGUUCCCCCCCCGAGCAUUAUGAAUAUAAUAACGAGUAUUACAAAUAUCAGCAUUAUGAACAAGACAAUGAAAAUGAUGUCAAUUAUGAAUGCCUACAAGAAGGAGUGGGGGGACUCAGUAGUUCUCGCCAUAAUCAUCCUAGCAAGUACAAUUGUGGAUUAUGUAAAAAUAUGCAAACAUUGGAAGAGAAUAAUGAUGCAAAUCUUGACACAACAAUAGAGAGUGACGAUGAUGAUGAUGAUGAUGAUGACAAUGAUGACGAUGAUGAUGAUGAUAAUGACGAUGAUGAUGAUGAUAAUGACGAUGAUGAUGAUGAUAAUGAUAAUGACGAUGAUGAACUUGUUCCCUGUGCAGAUGAAGUCCUUCCCCUACUUAUAUAUGUUAUCAUUAAAACAAAUCCACCUGAACUAAUUUCAAAUACGACGUUUAUCCAAAAUUUUAGACAUCCCAAUAAUUUCGUAUCUGAAGAGGCUUACUCAUUCACUCAGUUUUGCAGUGGUAUUGAAUUUAUUAAAGAACUUGGAAAGACAACUUUUUUAAAUAUAUCAGAAGAAGAGUAUAAACGUAAAAUCAGUGAAGCAGAAAAAUUUUAUUUAAAUGAAGUUAAGGAGAGCAAUAAAAAAUUACAAGAAGCUGCUGGAAAAUUAAAUGAUUUGAUCAAAUUAUCAAAUGAAAAGAAAUUGUUUGGAAAUACUGUUAACAAAAUUGAAGCCCUAAAAUUAAAUUUUGAAAAUGUGGAAAAUUUUAAUUCUCUCACUGUUGCAGAUUUAUCUUCUCUUUUUAAUGAAUAUAAAAUUCUUGUGAAGUUAAAAAAUGAUAUUUUGAAAGAUAUGCAAGAGCAUUGUAGUGAAAAUUUGAGUCAAUAA